ACAUACACACACACACACACACACACACACACGCCUCACUUAAGGCUGGAGACUUCGAUGCAGCAAGUGUCUGGCAAAUGGAUUAUUACCUUCCCCUGGUGCGGGUGUUUCAGAUGUUACAGUAACAGUGUUGGAAAAAUAACGCGGUCUAGCAGCCAUACAAGCAGGAUUCAGGUGUUACAAGUCUCAUCUGAUGGUCUCCAUGAUGUGAUGGAGUGACUUAUCAAGCAUCAGCCUUCAAGUUACCUUACUUGAUGACACUUUUAUUGAACCAGUCAGAGGCGAUCUGAGACUCAUCUUUUAUCACUUACCCCGAAGCCAUUCAUCAUGAUUGACCUGACUUAUCUGACAGAGGAAGAGCAAGAGAUGAUCCUGACUGUGCUGAAGAGGGACGCAGAGCUCAAGAAGUUGGAAGAACAGAGGAUUAAGCAGCUUCGAAAGACUGAGAGAGACAGAGGCAGGCUGAAGUACUUGACUGGGGAAUGGUUUUACGAGACAAAGUACCACAGACACAGAGAGAAGAUCCAUGGCUCCGACAUCAUCAGAGCGUCCAUGAGACAGAGGAAACCCGUGACGAUAUUGGAGCUCUCUCAAAGAUGGUCUGAGAAAUCCAGUCGUGUUUAUGGUGAGAAGAAAGAUGUGUACAUCCCUCCAGAGCUUUCCGGACUCAUUGAGGAUCCUUCCACACAAUCACAGAAUGAGAGGGUGGAUGAUGAAGCCCAGCAGGAAAGACCUCAAAUCAAGCCUAGGCAGAAUCCAUUCAAUAGUGUGCGAUUGCAGAGAGAUGAAGCCAGACUUAACAAUGGAGUAAAGGAGGCCAACCAGACACCUGCUGAGGAGCCCUUUUUUCCAGCUGAGAGCUACACACAUCACACUACUCUAAACACAGACAACACUGACACCCAUGUAGCCACUCAAUGCAAACCUGUGCCAAAAAAGAGACUGCUGCUGUAUUCCUGCAAGGACUCUUCCCUGGACACUGGCAGCAGUGAUAAUGGAGUUCGACAGGUCAUGACCCCUGCUCCCAGAGGCAUCCUGAAGCAAAAGGGGUCCAGUUGUAGCUCUACCGACUCCCUGCGACUCCACAUUCCCACCAAUAAUGGCAGCAGCAGCAGUCAGUCUUCUGCUACGGUCAGCCCCAUCAGUCCUGAACCUCCCAUCAGCCCUCAUCUUUCCCCCUGCUCAGUGCACUCUGCUUCAGGGUGGUUAGAUAGGAAACAGGUCCGCUUCACCUCCGUUGUUGGUCCUAUAGAGAGAGUACAAGGAGAGCACAGUGUGCUGGAAGAAGAUUGGAGUCCUGUAUUGGACCAGAAUAGAAGUCAUAUUACAGAAAACGGUCAUCAUGAGCUUUAUGGUGAGCCUCAGUCCUCACAGGUGUCCAACAUCCACAGCUCUACUGAAGUCACAGGUAAGGCCAUUGAGUUGAGUGCAGAGGGCCAGACUGAUAAGGUUACAGUGGAAGAGGGUCGCUCAAUUUCCAAAAUACUUGAAUGGUUUGGGAGAGGCUCUCGAGAUGGAAAGCUGAAAGAGUCGCCAGUCAAGAGAGAGUUGAAUGAAGAGGAACCAAAAGAAAGCCCAGAAGCCAAGUCAGAAGAUUCAGCAUCUCCAGUUGACCAGCCAAAGACCAAGCCAGCACCAAAGCCCCGUAGGGGGCUUUUUGCAUUGUUUUCGAGAGCAGAGAAAAAAGACAAGAUUCCAGAAGUUCAAGCAUCUGACAAAGAAGUGAUAAGUCGAGCUAAAACAGAAAGUUUAGAACGUGAACCAUCUUGCACUUUGAGGCCUGAGACAGAAGAUAAUAUACUUCAGAGCAGGAUGGCUGAAAUAUUAAAAGAUAAAAACAAACCAGACAGACUAAUAUGUGAAGAUACUCCUCCAAGAGAGACGUUUGACCAAGGUGAGGUAUCACCAGGAAAAAUGGCCAACCUGAAGUCAUUCUGGGAAAGGGGGGACAGAGGACCUAAAAUACUAAGCAUUAAAAAAGAACCUGAGGUAGAAGAAAGUGAGACAUCUCAGCUUAGUGAUAAUUAUCACAACGCUUUAGACAGAAGGUUGUCAGAUUCAAACACCAGCCCAUCAAAACCCAAACCCAGUGAUCCAAACCCAGUUGAUGUAGAAUCUACAACAGGUGAGAUUUCUUCAGUCUCACCUAGAAGAUCCUCCUGUGGUAUUGAUACAUCAGCCAUAUCGUCAUGUGAAGAUGGGAACCCUUCUAGUUUGGACAGCAAUAAGGUCUCAGAAGGCUCAAGUAGUGAACUACAAACUCUCACCGUGAAAGUUAAUGUCAAACUGUCACCAAGUUCACUGCUAAAAUAUAAAGAUUCUCUGGCCAGUGAUCUACAGGAAGAGUCAAUCUGCAGGGAUAUAUCAGACCUGAAGAAGGAAAUCUCCACCUUCAAAAUGUCCCUCAGUCAACAGGAAGAUAAAGUCUCAAUCAAUGAUCUCAAGUCAUUUUGGGAGAAAGAAAAAAGUGGCCUUAAAGUAAUUGUAGGCUCACCAACAUGUACAGCCAAUGUUAAAGACCCGUACACAGAGUCAUCUCCAAAAUGUUCUUCAGUAGGACUUUCUGAACCUCAGUUCAACAUCAGGUCAAACAGCCCAAGUUCCCUGGACAGAAAGAGCUUCAAUGAGGUUGGUUUGAUUGCACAAAAAGAGAAGAUGGAAAAGACUGAAGAAAAACAAAGAAGUCCAAUUAGAAUGCCAUUACAAGACCUUCAAGAUAUCAGAGGUAGGGUUUCAUACGUCACCACGAAUAUUUCUAAUUUUAAACAAUCCGUUUCAGACAAACACUCAAAGCCAAGUCCACCAUCAUCUCCCCUCAGAAGUCUCCCUCCAAAAGGUCAAAAUGAUAAGCCACAGUCCGCUGACAUUUACCAACCAAAAGACCAAGAUCAAACCAGAACGACCAGCCCAUUACGACAGUCUAAAGUACCUCGUAGAGAUUCAUAUCCAAACAAAGAGUCCAAGAAGGAUGGUUCUCCCUUAAGAACCUUUGCGAUAGAUAUCAAUCCCGGCGACAGGAGUCCAUGUGAUGUUAGGGUUAAAUCAGGGCAAACUAGGUUAUAUACCUCUCCUGAACACCAAGGGAAGACUCCAGAAGGACGCAGUGAUGAUAGACCCAUCAUUCUUAAAGAACGAAAGCUGUCAGCAGACUCUCUGACCCGGUUUUAUAUUCCCCUGAGUUUACACCAUUACCUUGGCUUACCCGAGCAGACGGUCUUAGAUGAAAGAGAACAGGUUAAGGUGCAGGCAUGUGGGACUUUUGAACAGGUGAACCAAGGCAUAGUGAGCAAUGAGAGCUCCCCUUCUCGACACUCCCUGCCUGAAUCGGAGGAGAUCACCUUUGACUCCUCAGGGAGCUCCACACCUGAAGCCUGGUCAAUCUCACACACCAGUUCAUACUGGGACAGUGAGGAUGACGGCCCUGUCAAAGCUGCUCUGGAACGAGCCAAUGCCAGACCCAUCUCUAUUUCCAAAAGUCUAGAGGACCUGGCAUCCACACAAGAGAGAUGGAAGACUGACCCAAGGAGUGAUGUUGGGAUGAGUAUGGAAAAUGUGUCUGCAGUCACUCCCAACACCAAAACGUCCUUCUCCGACCCAGAACAGGUGAAGAUGAUGAGUAUGUCUGUACCUGCAUUCAUGCAACAAGAGAUGGAUUGCGGAAACAGUGACUGUGCAUCAGUGAGCAGUUUCCACUAUGACAGAUUGAGAACAUGCAACACUCCUUCUAAUUUUAGCACUUGCUCUGAGGCGGCCUCCAUGUCCUCUGUCACUGGCAGUGUAAUGAGCAUCUACAGUAGUGAUUUUGGGAAUGUGGAGGUGAAAGGUAUAAUCCAGUUCGCCAUUCACUAUGUACAAAAACUGGGAGAGUUCCACAUCUUUGUUGUCCAGUGCAAGGACCUCGCCGUAGCUGAUGUUAAGAGGAACCGAUCUGAUCCGUAUGUUAAAUGUUACUUGUUACCUGACAAAGCAAAAUAUGGAAAGAAAAAAACAUGCGUGAGGAAGAAGACUCUGGACCCCGCUUACAAUGAAAUCCUACGGUUUAAGAUUUCAAUGGAGACGCUGAAAACCCAAAAGCUGAACAUCUCUGUGUGGCACAAUGACACGUUUGGGCGUAACAGCUUUCUUGGAGAGGUUGAGGUUGAUCUGGCCGAAUGGGAUUUCAAUAACACGCAAAUGAAUGAAUAUCUACUCAAAGGAAGGGUUCAGGUUCCUACCAGCCCAAAACAUUCUGUCGGUGGCGAGGAAAUGAGUGCAGAGAUUAAAGUAGCUCUCCGUUUUCUCCCGCAGACUUCUCACAGUCACAAGAACAAGGGGAACGGUGAGGUGCAAAUAUGGGUGAAAGAAUGCAAGAAUCUGCCUAUUUCCAGGGGUGUUGCCAUUGACCCAUUUGUCAAAUGUGCAGUCCUCCCAGAUGCCAGCCGAAAAAACCGUCAGAAGACCAGAGUAUUGAAGAGGUCUUCUAACCCAGUGUUUAACCACACCAUGGUGUAUGAUGGCUUCAUACAAGAGGACCUCAAGGAGGCCUGUGUGGAGCUUACAGUGUGGGAUCAUGACAGACUCAACAACCACUUCAUUGGUGGUAUUAGACUGGGUAAUGGAACAGGUAAAAGUUAUGGCACUGAAGUGAACUGGAUGGACUCUAACGCUGCUGAAGCAGCCCUGUGGGAAAGAAUGAUGCAAUCUCAGAACGAAUGGGUGGAAGAUACGUUACCUCUGAGAAUGAUGGUCAUGGCAAGAAUGUCUAGAUAGUAAGAAAAUGAGGCAUGGUGACACUUUUGAACAAAUACUUAAAAAAUUAGUAUGAACAUGAAGAAAACAGUAUGUAGGAAAACACUAUGUAAUGUUAAAUAUAUAUAAACUAACUUGGUGGUGCUUGCCAUUUUUGAUGAGGAAAACAAAGAGAAUGAAAAUUAUAAUAUUCCUAUUAUUGUAAAGUAUGUAGGUUUGAUGUAUUUACAACUAAAUAAAAUCUGUCAAUAUGCUGCACAUAAGUUAAACAAUACAUAGUUUGUGAAUUACCUUGAAAGACUAUCCUAAGACAUUGUCAUUUUAAUAAACUUUAAAUUGUCCAA